ACUGAACUAAGGAUGGCAUGCAUGAGUAUGUGAAGUUGUGAGGUUAGUGCGGUUAUGUAAAAGGCGGCUAGCAGCACGUCGAAAUUUUACGGCUCUUUAAUUCGAGCUGAGAGGAGUCAACUUUCCUACCUCGUGGUUACCAGUGGAAUGGAUAUCCGGACAUCCCCGGCUGAACUGUCAUCUUUUCUUUAUUCUUUCACUGCGUGUCGAGGGAGAGGGACAAUCACUUAUGGAAGCUGGAAGUCUGUGCGAUCGUCUGAGAGCGUUCCACUGUACUGUCGAUGAUGGUUCACACUACAAGGUAGUCAGAUUAAACAACGUGUCGGCGGUAGACAGAAGGGCUUGCAUACAAAUUUGGACCAAUCAAGAUCUGCAAAGCAACGAGCUUAUUGAGUUACCAGGACCGAUACUGGCACUCUCACUGCGCAUUCUGAGCUAUCUUAAAAGAAAAGCUGUGCUGCACGGUGAACAAUUAUCGAUCAAGGAUUACAGCCCAAGUAGUCUGCUACAUACCUGGUUCAGUGUCGUUGAAAGGGAACUCGGCUACUCUAAAGUAAGAUUUACGUUACAGCACUUACUAAGUUCAAGGUGGGGUUUGGAUACUGAGGGUCUGCUCUCCUUGAACAGGCAUUCAGAAUUCGGGAAGUUCAGAAGCAUGCUGCUGGCACAUCGCAACUCCACUCAGACUACUUUAUUGGGCGAUCAUCUCUUGGCUGGUACAAGCAGUGCAACCUUGAUAGAUUAUUACUGGCUGGAUCGGUUCUACUCGGCUUGUCUUAUUCCCAUAGGAAUGUUGUGCGAACGUCACAGUCCACCCGCAGGAUCUGGAAGACUUCACUGCCUUGAGAAUCGCGUUAUACGGGAAGUAAUUCAAUCGCGUUACUUAUCCCCGGAGCAAAAGAUCGCAUCACAUGUGAACUUGGCAACCUGGUGGACCAAAGAAUGGCUCGCCUCGGCGUCAUUCACGCCAUUGGUCAUAAUGUGGCGUUGUAUACACGAACUGUCAUGGCAGCUGAGCAAUGCAAGACAAAGUACACGCCUACGUGGACUAUGCUGGUUCAAUCCACUUUGGAUAGCUGGCAUUCUGCAGGUCAGUCGAGAACUUCGUGGCCGUAAAUGCGCACCAGUCCAACGGCUGUUCAUGGAGAUAAGCACUAGUCUCUACUUUCUGUACGCAGAUAAAUGGGAGACAAUGAUCUCUGAACGCCUCACUCAGGGACCAACUUUGCAUGACAAGAUAAGUUCGAGUGUUGAUAGACACACAACAUUAACCCUGAAACUGAUUGAAGAGGACGUACAGCUAUGCAACUUAAUGAAAACUCUAGCCAUUUGGAAAAAUCAGCUAAAACGAGACCCAGUAUUGCUCACUGGUGUGCUUUACGUCAGUCUUCAUGAAAUCUUUGGAGAGAGUGAAGCAGCUGACACUAGUAGCGCGAACGAGGAAGAGGAAGUCGAAACGGGAGUGGUGGCUAGCAGCAGGAAAGCCGUGGCUGCCAAGGACCAUUCAAGUGACCUCUGUGGGUUGGUUAAACGGAUCAAGAUGGGAUCAAGGAGCCUGUUGAUUCGGCCUUUGAACUAUCAGAUUGAUAUAAAUACCAGUACCGCUGGGUUGAUUUCAGAAUUGCUAACCAGCUCUAUGAGGUACACUAACAUUACCUACGCACAGAUCGUAGAACAACUUCAUGCGGUGGCCUACUCACCGGACAAGACUCGGUUGGCUGCAGGAGUUCUAAAUACUCGUGAUCAGAUUACUCGAAUUGACGUUUGGUGCCUAUCAACAAAGACUGUUGUGUGGAGUCAAAUAAUCUCACUGGAAUCUAUGAACAAGGUGGAACAGUUGUACUGGGUGACGAAUGGCGCCCUACUUGUGGUUCAACAUCCAAGCCAAACCAUCACUCUAUGGCCUUUGUCAGUGCCAACCAACUACUAUCAGCUGUCUGAACCCAGAGUAGGUGCACAUGAUUGCGUUGCAGUACGCAUUGUGGAAACGGAGCUACCUGAGUUAUCUUUUGUCUUUAUUUUGGAUCUGGGGGCAAGUCGGCUAAAAGUGUGGCGUUGGCAUUCAGGUAUGAUUGAGCCUGUGUUCGGCUCUAUCACGUUGGGAAAUCCUGGGUCCACUACUGCCAGUCACUCGCCUCCGAUUGGCUACAGACGGCAAAGUUUACCAUUGAUGGUGAAAACUUCUGUUGACACUUUGUUUACGGCGGUGAUGAAGGCCGGUUCAAUCUUUUUGUUGUGUGCACACAGAAAUGAAGCUGCGGCGAAGAUAAUUUCUCUCAAAGUGACCGGGCCGAAGUUGGACCUCAAUCUAGCCAAACCCAAUAAUCAAAAGGUUUUGAAAUGCCCUCGAGCCGGCGCGCGAGUGAUCGCAUUGGAGGCUAUCAGGCACGGCCCAAUGGUACUGGCCAGUAGGGCUCCAUCGAUGGAGCUACCAAAUGAACCAAUCGUUGGUUGCUUGGAUUUGUUCGAACCAACAACUGGAGCUCAUCUGGAUCAUCUGGAAGGAGGACCGAAUGCUUUCAUUUUCGUGGAUACUCCUACACUCGAAGGUGGUUUACUGAGCCGACCAGUGCCCCCAUCGUUAUGUUUGUGUAGUGACCAGGACGGUGUGAAUCUGCUUGGAAUUCCAGUAAACACGGAACUCAGUGGUUGCGAAGCUGUGGCGUUGGAAGUGGUUCACUGGAAUCUAGUUACUCGUGUGUGCAGAGUGAUCCAAACUCGAGAUUUAUUCCCUCAUAUUCUAACAUGGACAGGGACGAUUCCUAUACCAACGUCCGUUGCAUUUAAGGAUAUGGGAGAGCUAAGUGCGUGCUUUGGUAAUGAUCAGUGGAGAAAUUACCGCAUUUGGCACUGUGACCCAUCCACCCUAUCACUUUCGAGAAGCGUAUCGGAAAUGAAAUCAAAACAGUUACUGGACAAUCCCCUAGUCGAUGCAAAUAGACCAUCUGAGCUGCUCUAUCUGUACCGCAACUCAGAAAGGGAAGUUUAUCUCUGCAGCAUGGUGAAGAAUAAAUGCGCUGAAUCUGAGCAGAUACCGGACUGGUGCACUACAACCACUCAUCAAUUAAAACCUGACAGUGAAGCUGUUUGGUCUUUGGCUGAUCGAUUUAUAAUGCAAGGACGGCGAUUGCUUGUCCUGAGCAAGUUACAUUAUUCGGAGGUCGUGGAAGACUGCCGGGAAGUUUACCAGAAUUUGGAUGUGUAUGACAUUGCUGAUACGUCAAAUGGAACAAGCACCCUAGCAAAUCAUCGCCAUUUAUCCAACCUCUUCAUCAUUCCAAGCAACCUGAUUGGCUAUAUCGUUUGGGACAAUGAUUAUCUCAUCGGGCUUGACCAGAAUCACACACAUUUUGUCGCAUGGAGUUUGGAAAAUGGAGAAAUAGUUUGGCGCAUGAAGCCCAAGUUUCAGCGUGUUCAAGCAGGGCUGACGGAGUUGAGUCGCCUCCUGACUCGUGGCUCAGUAGACCGGUCGGUUAUACGUGAAUACAUAGAAGAUACAGAUACCCGGGCGGUUGUGAUAGAGCGGGUGGUGACCUCAGGUGAUCACAGAAUAUUAGUAGUCAGCUGUGGACUUCCGUACUUGUGUGUAUUCGAUUUAACCAAGCAAUCUCAUGUGACCAAUCUGGAUGAGACAUACGCCCGUACCGGUACUUGCCAAUACCUGCCCAUUACGGAGGGGAAUGCCAUGAGUUUAGAAGUGGCAACCAUGUCUCACUCAGGACAGUGGUUUGUGCACUCGGAAUUCAACUGGGAGGAGCGAACUGCAUGCUUGACAAUUUGGUCCCUAGCGCCAAUUAUAGGAGGUGGACAGAAAGAAGAUUCGACUAUGCCAUGGUACCGAAGACGUUUGACUGAGCAGGGUUCUGUAGUGGCCGUUCGAGUGGAGGGAGGUGAGUGUAUGGUUGCAUGGGCCCGAACGAACUAUGGCAUCGCGGCUUGGUCGCCUUUCUGGCCUGAAGCGAAUCAACCGCAGCGUCUGGAUCAAAGCGAAAGGCUCGAAUUUUCGAUCGCAGUACCUCCUUUGCUUGAGCUAUCCUCUGACGGAUCGAAAGUUGCCGUGGCCUCUGGAACAGUGCGUGCGCAAAUUAGCGUGUGGUAUGUGCAGCACAGUGUGAACGUCUUGCUGGGCCACAUAUUCUCACCAAAAUCAGCUAUUGGAUUGCGGUGGGUGUUCCGGGAAGAGUUCAUAGCCAUCCGAGCCGAAGACCAAGACCGUCCUUUGUUAAUUUGGCCUAACUGGUUAACGACUAAAAGACAGUGCUAACUUUUGAUCAUCACUGCCAUCAUUCUCAUUCUUUACGCAUGUUUUCUGUCCCAUACAACUUUCUAAUGAGAAACGGUGUUUUACAUGGU